AUGACGUUGGUCUUAUUUGCUUGCAGCGCGUACGUCGUGGAGAAGCGCGACCUGACGCAUGGUGGCGGCUGGGUACCAGCGCUGUCGUACGUCAACGCCAAGUACAACCACGCGACCGUGCCUCGCCUGCUGGAGGGCACCAAGUACGAGUUCCGCGUCAUGGCCGAGAAUCUGCAGGGCCGAUCAGACCCGCUCAACACAGAGAAGCCCGUCGUGGCCAAGAACCAGUUCGGCGUGCCUGGCGCGCCAGGACGCCCCGAGGCCGUGGACUCUGACAAGGACUUCAUCAAGAUCAAGUGGACACCGCCCAUCGCCAACGGCGGCUCUCCGAUCAUCGGCUACGACGUGGAGCGUCGCGACAAGAACACCGGCCGGUGGAUCAAGCUCAACAGCGACCCCGUCAAGGGCCAGGAGUACACAGACGACCGCGUUCACGACGGCGGUCAGUACGAGUACCGCGUGUCGGCCGUCAACGCGGCUGGCGCCGGCAAGCCCAGCGAGGCGUCGCUCAUGUGCACGGCGCGCCCCAUGCGGGAGCGCCCCAAGCUGCACCUGGACGGCCUCAUCGGCCGCAGGAUCAAGGUCCGCGCCGGCGAGCCCAUCUGCGUCAACAUCCCGCUGUCCGGCGCGCCCACCCCGACCUGCGAAUGGACCCGGGAUGGCAGCAAGCUGCCGACGGAGGACCGCGUCUGGACCGAGACCACCUCCGGCGAGACCAAGCUGCGCAUCGAGAAGACCACGCGCGACGACACUGGCCGUUACACGAUUCGCGCCAAGAACGACUUUGGCAGCGACUCGGCCGACAUCGAGGUCACCGUCGUGGACAGGCCCGGCCCGCCCAAGGGGCCGAUGCAGUUCCCCAACGUCAACCAGGAGCAGAUCACGAUCGAGUGGCUGCCGCCAGAAGACAACGGCGGCAGCGAGCUCACGGGCUACGUCGUCGAGAUGUCCGAGUACGCAGUGGAGAACUGGCGGCAGGUGCCGGGCUUCUGCCCCAAGUGCACCUUCACCGUCAAGGGCCUCACCGAGGGCAAGAAGUACGUCUUCCGCGUGCGCGCCGAGAACAUGUACGGCGUUUCCGAUCCCUUGGAGGGCAACCCGAUCGUGGCCAAGAGUCCGUUCGACCCGCCAGAUGCGCCCGGCCAGCCCGAGGUGCUCGGGUACACGCCCAGCAGCUGCAGCCUGAAGUGGACCCCGCCCUCCGUGUCUGGAGGCAAGCCCGUCACGGGCUACUACGUGGAGAAGCGGGAGCGCGGCACCGGCGACUGGGUGCGUUGCAACAACUACCCGACGCCCAACCUCACGUACACGGUGCCCGACCUUCGCGAGGGCAACCGCUACGAGUUCCGCGUCGUGGCCGUCAACGAGGCCGGCCCGGGCAAGCCCAGCAAGCCUACCGAGCCCAUCACGGCCGAGCACCAGCGCCUGGUGCCGGACCCACCAGAACCACCCAAGCCGGACCGCAUCACGAAGGACAGCGUAACGCUGUCCUGGCGGCCACCGCGCAGCGACGGCGGCUCCAAGAUCAAGGGCUACAUCGUCCAGAAGAAGCUCAAGGGAGAGCCCGACUGGACGGACGUCAACGACGUGCCCGUGCCGGAGACGACGUUCAAGGUGCCCAACCUCAAGGAGGGCGACGACUACCAGUUCCGCGUGAUCGCCGUCAACGACGUCGGCCGCUCCGAGCCGAGCAGGCCGUCGCCAAACAUCAUCAUCGAGGAACAGGCCAACAAGCCUGUGCUCGACCUGAGCGGCGUCCGCGACAUCACGGUGCGCGCCGGCGAGGACUUCAGCAUCCACGUGCCCUACGUCGGAUUCCCCAAGCCGUCUGCGUCCUGGUUCGCCAACGACACGAUCCUGGACUCGUCAGACCCGCGCAUCCACCAACAGCUGGCCGACGACUACGCCAGCUUGGUGGUGAAGGGUGCCAAGCGCGGCGAUACUGGCCAGUACCGCCUGCAGCUGCGAAACCCGUCUGGCUUCGACACCGCCACACUCAACGUCCGCGUCCUGGACCGUCCCUCGCCGCCGGAGAACCUCCGCGCCGACGAGUUCGCCGGCGACAAGCUCACACUGUACUGGAGCCCGCCCAAGGACGACGGCGGCGCACAAGUCAGCAACUACACCGUGGAGCGUCGCGAGAUCGGCACCGGCAACUGGAACACGGUCAGCAACUUCGUUGGCACCUGCUUCGUGCGCUGCAAGAACCUCACCAUCGGCAAGGACUACGAGUUCCGCGUGUGCGCCGAGAACAAGUACGGCACGUCCGACCCGGCCAGCACCGUGGACCCGAUCCGCGCGCGCCAUCCGUUCGACGUGCCCGGCGCGCCGGGAGCGCCCCGACGCCUCGACAGCUCGGAGGACUCCAUCACCAUCGCGUGGACCAAGCCUCGUCACGACGGCGGCUCGCCCAUCACGGGCUACGUCAUCGAGAAGAGGAUGAUCAGCGAGGACAAGUGGACCAAGGCGUCUCACGCCCACAUUCCCGACCUCAACCACAAGAUCAGCGGGCUGAUCGAGCACCGGGACUACGAGUUCCGCGUGGCGGCCGUCAACGCCGCCGGCCAGGGGCCCUGGAGCUCAUCCUCGGACCCCAUCUGCUGCCGCUCGCCGCCCUCGGCGCCUAAGAUCACCAGCGACCUGAGCAUCCGCGACAUGACUGUGAUCGCCGGCGAGGAGUUCACCAUCACCGUGCCCUUCACCGCCAACCCGCGGCCCAAGCCCGUCUGGCUCAUCAACUCAGACGAGGUGUUCCAGGACGACCGCAUCAAGUUCGACACGAACGACGUGCAGACCGUCUUUACCAACAAGUGCGCCAAGCGCACCGACUCGGGAAGCUACACCAUCCAGCUGUACAACACGGAGGGCUCGGACUCUGCCACUUGCCGUGUCCUCGUCGUGGACAAGCCCACGCCGCCCAUCGGCCCUCUGGACGUGAGCGACAUCACCCCAGACACGUGCACGCUGACAUGGAAGCCGCCCGCAGACGACGGCGGCUCCCCCAUCACCAACUACGUGGUGGAGAAGAUGGAUCCGUUCAGCGGCUCGUGGGUGAAGGUGAGCAGCUUCGUGCGCGGUUGCCACUACAACGUGAUCGGCCUGGAGCCCAACAAGAAGUACAGCUUCCGCGUGCGCGCCGAGAACCAGUACGGCGUGUCCGAGCCGCUGGGCAUGGACGAGCCCAUCACGGCCAAGUUCCCCUUCACGGUGCCCGACCCGCCAGGCAUGCCCCGCGUCACCGACUGGGACGCGGCCGGCAACGUCACCAUCACCUGGGACCGCCCCCGCAACGACGGAGGCGCACGCAUCCAGGGCUACAAGGUCGAGUUCCGCGACCCGGCCGACGACUCGACGUGGCGCAUCGCCAACGACUACCUCGUCAAGGACAACAACUACACCGUGUACACGCUGCUGCCUGGACACGAGUACGAGUUCAGGGUCAAGGCCAAGAACGCGGCCGGCUACAGCAAGCCGUCGCAGAGCUCCGACAGGUUCAAGCUCAAGCCCAAGUUCGGCGUGCCCUCGCCGCCGGACACGCCCACCGUCGUCAAGGUGGGCAAGAACUACGCCGACCUCAAGUGGGAGCCGCCCAAGUCGGACGGCGGCAGCAAGAUCACGGGCUACAUCAUCGAGAAGCGCGAGUUCGGCUCCGCCAUGUGGGUCAAGUGCAACGACUACAACGUGGCCGACUGCGAGUUCACCGCGCUCAACCUGGUCGAACAGGGCGACUACGAGUUCCGAGUGUACGCCGUCAACGCGGCCGGCCGCUCCGAGCCCAGCGCCUGCACCACCCCGGUCAAGAUCUGCGAGGUGGUGGGCGGCGAGAAGCCCAUGUUCGUGCGCCCGCUGUCGAACGCGUGCGGCGGCCUCGGCAAGACCCUCACGCUCGAGUGCGAGGCCACUGGCAAGCCGACGCCGACCGCGCGCUGGCUCAAGAACGGCCGCGAGCUCGUGUCGGGUGGCGGUCGCUUCCGCAUGGAGGACAACAACAACGGCGUCUUCAAGCUCAUCCUGCACGAGGUCAUGGACAUGGACUCGGGCGACUACACCUGCGAGGCCAGCAACCCGUGCGGCUCAGUCAGGACCACUUGCACGGUAAAGGUUGGAACUCCGCCCAGGAUCGACCGCAUGCCCGCGGAGCUCAACCUGCCCGAGAAGGAGAACACCAAGAUCAAGGUGUUCUACUCGGGCGACCAGCCCAUGGAUAUCAGCCUCACCUUGGGCGGCAAGCCCGUUCCGGACGAUGGCCGCGUCAAGCUCACCGUGUUCGACGAGUUCCUCAUCAUCUACAUCAAGGAGGUGGAGAAGUCGGACGCGGGCAUGUACACGCUCACGUGCAAGAACGACAGCGGCACCGCCACGGGCAACUUCACCGUCAACAUCACCGUUUUGAAUUAA